UCAGUCUCUCUCACACACUCACCCAAAACAUUAAACCCACUUUGUCACUAUCUUCAAAAAGAAGCAAAAACAAUGAAUCACCUUCAAAGUUGGCCUGAACCAGUGGUCCGAGUCCAAGCCUUAUCAGAGAGUGGUCUAACAAAAAUCCCAGACCGCUACAUCAAACCCAUCACUGAUAGGCCUUCACCAAAAAACUUAGACGACACUCAUAUUAACAUCCCAGUCAUUGAUCUCCAAAACCUACUCUCCAACAACCAAACCCUCCAAUAUGAGACUCUAAGCCUCAUAUCAAGUGCUUGUAAAGAGUGGGGUUUCUUCCAAGUUGUGAACCAUGGUGUUAGCCAUGAGUUGAUGAAACAAGCUAGAGAGACUUGGCGUGAGUUCUUUGAUCAACCACUUGAUUUGAAACAAAAAUAUGCAAACUCUCCAAGUACGUAUGAAGGGUAUGGUAGUCGUUUGGGUGUGGACAAAGGAGCAAAACUUGAUUGGAGUGACUAUUUCUUCCUCCACUAUAUGCCUGCCUCGUUGAGAAACCAGAGCAAGUGGCCAGCGGUACCACAAUCAUGCAGGAAAUUGAUAGCGGCAUAUGGUGAAGAAACGGUAAAGCUAUGUGAAAAGUUGAUGAAGGUAUUAUCGAUAAAUCUUGGAUUGGGGCAGGAUCAUCUUCAGAAUGCUUUUGGAGGUACUAAGGACAUUGGUGCAUGCUUGAGGGUGAACUUUUACCCUAGGUGUCCACAACCAGACCUUACUCUUGGUCUAUCACCACACUCUGAUCCUGGUGGCAUGACCCUUCUCCUGCCUGAUGAGAAUGUGUCUGGACUCCAAGUCCGUAAAGGCAAUGAAUGGGUUACUGUUAAGCCUGUUCCAAAUGCCUUUAUUGUCAACGUAGGGGAUCAAAUUCAGGUACUGAGCAAUGCAAUUUACAAGAGCGUGGAACAUCGGGUGAUUGUGAAUUCAGUGAAAGAUCGUGUUUCACUUGCCUUAUUUUAUAACCCAAAGAGUGAUUUACUCAUUCAACCAAUCAAGGAGCUUGUGACCAAGGACCGUCCGGCACUUUAUCAGCCAAUGACAUAUGAUGAAUACAGACUUUACAUUAGGGCAAAGGGUCCGUGUGGCAAGGCUCAAGUUGAAUCCUUAAAACACCGAUGAUUUUAAUGUCUAUGUAUAUGUAAUGCCUAAUAAAACUUGGUGGAUAUAUGUCACUUCUGCAUUAUCAUUUUCUUCCACCUUUUAUAUCAGCAACCUGUCGUUCGUUAAAGACUUGAAUUGCUUUGGACAAGUAAUAGACAAGAGGCUUUAUCAUCUUGAAGUACGUA